CAGAUGGUACGAAUUCAGUCCCCAGCAAAACCAUCCUUCACAUUGCAAUAUCGAUUUCAUCACAAAGUCAGAAUCAUUAGGUAUUCACAUAUUUAUGGUAGCCACAGUGUGUUGUAUUUUGUUCCAUAAAUUGAACACUGCUGGACAUUACAACAACUGUUGAAAGUGAAAGUGAAAGUUAACAGGUGAAACUAUCAUAACUAUUUAUAAGAUUCCUGGAUUAGAAAAAAUAAUAAAGUUUUUGAGUCAUUUCUGUUUGUUUUUUUAAUUUUCGUACUUUGACUCAAAGAUGUCUGAGUUCCCGAAGUUCCUGGACCUGGAUAUAGAAAAAGAUAUCUCUGGACGUAUAACACCCAGGGAUGGCCCCAUUACGCUGCGUAAUCCCCACAUCCCGAAACUUAAAGAAGAUGUCCUCUACCAUCUUAACCUCAGUGACAAGGCCAACGACCUUCCAGCUAUGUUUGGAGAUGUCAAGUUUGUGUGUUUCGGUGGAUCCCCCAAAAGAAUGGAGAAGUUUGCGCAGUUCAUGGUCGGUCAGCUGAACGAGAAGAUUCCGGCGGGCAUGACACUGUCCGACAUUUCCCACGGCUCAGACCGAUAUGUGCUGUAUAAAGUGGGGCCUGUACUGUCUGUUAGUCAUGGUAUGGGUAUCCCAUCCCUAUCCAUUGUAUUCCACGAGGUGUUGAAGAUGUUGUAUCACGCUGAUUGUAAGGAUGUUAAGUUCUUCCGGCUCGGAACAAGUGGAGGAUUAGGUUUGGAACCAGGCACGGUUGUGAUCACAGAUGCUGCUGUAGACGGUCUCCUGAGACCUUAUAUGGAAGUGGCCACACUAGGCAUGAUUCUGCAGCACCCGGCAUUCCUGGAUCGGGACCUAUGUGAACAAUUACAGGAGAUUGGUACCAAGAACCAGCAAUAUGAAACUGUUAUAGGAAAGACUAUGUGUACCUAUGACUUUUAUGAAGGUCAGGCAAGGCUGGAUGGAGCGUUCUGUGACUUUACCGAGGAAGACAAAAUGGCUUUCCUGAAGAGGAUCCAUGACCGUGGCGUCCUGAACAUCGAGAUGGAGUCACUCUGCUUUGCUGCGAUGGCGCACAGGGCGGCAGUUAAAAGCGCAAUCAUCUGCUGUACGAUAGUGGACCGAUUGAAGAGCGAUCAGAUCACAGCCUCACAUGAGACGCUCGAGGAAUGGCAGGAGCGACCCCAGAAAAUUGUCGCCAAGUUUAUACGGAAACAGCUCGGCAUAGAGUAAAGUGGUGCUUAGCAGGGUGCUGUUUUCAGCUUUUGGAGGAGCUAUAUUGAAUAGACACUGCUAUAAAAGUUGUUAUUAUUAGUGUUCGUUGAACGAAGUCUUGUGAAAAUUCUUGAUAUUUUUAUCGUUAUGUUUUAUACUCACAUUGAUAAAUACAUUUGUUUACUUUUUUGAUAAACAUUCCAAAUGUGCAAAUCAUGAUAUAUUGUGUAUCGAUGCCUAAUAUACAUGAAACGGUGAAAUCGAUUUGUCAAAUUAAAAAAUCUUAAAUGAAAUUCAAAAAAUCAUAAAUCAAAAUAUUCACCUUAGACACGUAAGUAAGGGUGUUUUUAACACUAGCUAACAAAUGCAUAGUUUUGUGUACAGCUUCAACAACAUAGCUUUUGCAUGUAGCCAUUAUUUCUGAAUUUGUUCAAAACAAUGAUACCGAAGAUGGUUGAUUGCCUGUUUUAACUAAAUGGUGUUUCAACAGACAUGUUGGGUCACUGUCCGCCAUGUGUGUGUAUUUUUAAAAUUAAGUAAGCUAGCUUUCGGAUGAAACGAGCUGACGAAACCACCUACGGAGAGGGUUUCAGUAGAUUUAAAAACUUAAGUUUCGGGUUCUGUAAAACCAACGAUAAAACUGUUUUUCAUUUUUUUUUUUAACUUUUACAACAAAUUUAAACCAAAUCUAGUUUAUUAUUAACAAAACGCCAUAAUCUUUGAAUCUACCAUGAAAAGGAUGUUAGGCUUUGUUAAAAUUGUUUUUUAUUUACACAAUUUCAUGUCAAAUUGUAGUAUGUAUGCCAACUGUAGAAAUCCUUGAUCUGAGUUGCUUUGAACCUGUACUCUCACAGAUUGACAGGUUUGACAGUUGUUUUUUUUUUGUUUUAGAAUAAGCUGAUUUCUGCGUUUAUGUCUUCAAUUCAGUAAUAUAUAAGAUAACUCACAAUAGAACAUAUCUGAAUUGUAACAAAACAGCCGAAAAUUCAUUUGCGAUCUUAUCUUUUGUCAGCUGUUCUAUGUUUCUGGAUUCCAGUCAUUUACGCAAAAGAUGGCUCAUUCCAAGACAAAAAUAAAAGAAGUUGUCAAAACUGUCAAUCUGUGAGAGUGCAGCUUAUACAUAUUUUCAAGUUAUUAGCCGCAUCUUGUCUUUUGCUUUAUUGCUUUUAAUCUAUGCCUGUAUUUUAUUGAUAAUGAAGUUUGAUGGUAGACAUUAGCCUCUCACCUGCGGCAUUUUCUUAUUUUCAUAGCCCGUCAUAAUGAAAUCAGUACAGCAGCAAAUGGUAUAAAACUUGGAUAAGUUUUCCAUAUGUUAUGGCCUGUUUGCACAUUAAAUGAUUUGGUCAAUUUUUAUUAUUGGAUAAAUAUGGACCAAUCAAUAAAGACUUGACCAUUUUUAUACAAUUGCCUGCUAGUUUCUAUCCAGAAAAUCCACUUGAGCUUGGUUAGUGUCAGCCAAUUGUUGAACGAGAGGGUAAGAGUCUAGUGGUUUGGGUGUUCAUUUGCCACUCACCCAAUAGCUUGUGGGUUUUCCUACUAAGGGGUUGACGCUUAACAGAAAAAUAAUUUGGUGUGUUCUUGGGCUAAAAGAAACUAGUCAUAACUAAUUGUUGUAUUCACAAUCUAAAAUAUGGCUUUUUAAUAGUAAAGACUUGUUAUUUUAUCUCAAAAAGAAGCUUAUUUACAUAAUCAUUCCAUACACUGUUUAUACAUUUUUGUGUGAAUAUUUAACAGGUUCUAGAUUUUUAAAAAUGUAUACAUUCGUUUUACAAUUUUAUGUGUUUUCUACUUUUACAUAUCUGUUUAUUAUUUAUAUAUUCUUUCAUAUAACUUCUGAUGCUAGAAAACUCAUAUGAGUUCAAAUAACCUGGCAUUAGUUUAAAAAAAGGUUUUAUGUCUACCAGUAGUUUUUUUUCUGUUUUUUUAGAGGGGGGGCAUAAUAAUCUACAGUUUUUCCAAUAUAACAUUUUUAUUUAAUUUUAUAUGGAUGAGAUCACGGCGCAUUUCAAGCAGUUUAAAGGGCAGCACGACAAGACCCUCAUGAAUUACAUAUAUGUUGUACUACUUAUAUCCUGCCGGCUUUAUGCGUGGACUUGCUAGAAAAAACGAUGUCAGUGCUUUUGAGGAAAAUAAAAAGUAUAGAGAAAAGAUAAGAUUUAACCAGGCGUCUGGGUUGCCUAGAAAAUGAUAAUUCAUAAAAUUUAAUCUAUGUUUUUUAAAAUUUCAAAUGAAAUCAGACAUAAACGUCAGUUUUUUCUCCAUAUCAUGACAUCAUCUGAAAACAAUAAUAACCAGUCUGUAUGCACAAUAAUUUUAUUCUGCAUGUAUAUCCCUAUUGUACCAAGGUAUUUUUUCGUUUUGGGAUAGGGUUUCAUAAGCCAUAAGGAAAUAUUUCCGACUGACUGACUCUCUAAUAAAACGCUUCAUUAGGCUACCGCUAACAACUUUUUAAAAUAUUGACUUUUUUCAAGUUAAAUAAAAAUAUUAUCCAUGGCAGAGAGUUUACUUCACUUUUUCAUUGAGUUAACAUACAUUGUAAGAAUCUAGGUAGCACUCAAUAUAUUAGUAGUUGUACGUUCUUUUAAAUGCUUUGCUACAUUGUUUGUACAAUUCUUGAUAAUGAGACAUAAAAAAGAAUGUUAUUUUUGGUUUCCCUACCGACAACCAAUAAUUUGUUUCCUCUCAUAGAUAAAUGAUUGGUAGGUUUAAGCACGGUAUAUGAACCUAGACAAAAUGGUGACCAUUUUUAGUAUAAAUACAGUUUUAUUUUAUUUACUUAUUUUAUUAUUUUUUAUAUCUUGACAAACCGGCACCAUAUUUUUCGGCAGUGAAUUUAGAAACCAACUUUUAUUUCUGCCAUUAAUUCUUGUUUAUAAAAUAUGAAAAAAAUCGGAUGAGGCAAUAGUGAGCUAUUUACUGCUUUGCAGAAAUUUCUUAUUAUACUACAUCUUGGUUGGAUGCCAUUACGUUUAAUAAUACGUUAUAUUUUGUUCGUUCUUGUGUUAAUUUUGUCUUGAUUAAGUUUUAAAUAUUUCAUUUUAGAAACGUGUUAAUGUUGAUGGUGAAUUAUUCUGUUAUUACUCAAAUAUACAAGAUAUAACAAGUCAAGUAAGUUGUUGUAAGUUUCUUGUUGUAUAGCACAUUAAUAAAGAAAAAAGACAUUAAUAAAUAAAUGCAGUUUUUGGU